AUGAGCAACUCAAUGCGGGAUCUCGUCAUCGGCGAGGCCGAGCUCGACGACGACGAGGAUGACGAGUCCUUUGAUGAGGAGACGGGUGAAGCCCGCGUGCGCGAACGCAAACGGAACGGCGAGAUGGACGAUUCUAGCGACGAUGAGGAUGAGGACGAUGAUGAGGAAGAGGCAGCUAAGAUCCGCGAAGGCUUCAUCGUAGACGAGGACGAAGAAGAGGAAGAAGAUGAAGACCCCGAGGAGCGGCGGCGGCGGCGCAAGCGGAAGAGGCGGCAGGAGCGCGAGGAGGAUGCCCAGCUGGAUGAGGAGGAUCUCGACCUCAUCGGCGAAACCAUCCCUGACGCGGACCGCAACCAGCAAAAUCAGAAGAACUACAAGCGUCUCAAGCGCGGCCAUCAAGAGGAGAAGGCGCGAGGGAACGAGCGCCGCGGACUCGACGACAUGUUCGAUGACGAGGAAGAAGAAGCCGACGAACGGCCGUACGGACGACCUAGCCACCGCGCCGCCGUCGACGAGUUCGAUGACUUCAUCGAAGAAGAUUUCCCAGAAGACGAGGACGAACGGAUGCGCCAGAUGGAAGAUCUCGAGGUCGCCAGACCACGGGAAAGACAGAUUGCUGGUGGCGUGCUCGACACUGCCGGACUCGAUAAGGAUGCGCUCGAAGAUAUGGCGGCCAUCUUUGGCAACGGAGAGGAAUAUGCGUGGGCACUUGACAUGGAGGAGGAAGAGGAAGAGCGGCAGAAGGGUGAACAGACACUCGAGCUCAAGGACGUCUUUGAGCCUUCACAGCUGGCGGAGAAGCUCCUCACCGAGGCCGACAACGAAAUCCGCUUCACUGACGAGCCAGAGCGCUUCCAGUUAGACCGCAAGCCUUUCAAGCACCUGCAAAUCUCGGCGGAUCAGUUCAGAGAGGAGGCGGAGUGGAUCAUGAAUUUGAUGUGGCCGCAGAAGCAGCUCUCAAGCGACUUACACGGCCCGUUCCACAAGGCCAUUGGCAAAGUCCUUGAGUACUUUGUCGUGGAGGAGCUUGAAGUGCCAUACGUCUUCCAACACCGCAAAGACUACUUGAUUCAUGCUCGCAAGAAUCGGAAUCCUGACCACCAAAACGACCCAGACGCGCCACCAUUCAUCAUUACCGCCGAGAAGCUCUUGACGCAGGAUGACCUGUGGCGAAUCCUCGAUCUCGACAUACAAUUCCGAUCCCUGAUUGAGAAGCGCAAUGCAUUGGAGAAGACGUACGAUAAUUUGCGCGCAGUCACCGAAGACAUCGAUGAGAUGAUUCCGGAAAUGAUUCCGCAGGCAGCGACGAUUGGCGAGCUUCAAGACAUCCAGGAUUUCGUCCAGUUCCAGUACGGACCACAGCUGAAGGAUAUCGCGAGCAUGAACGGUACGGGCAAGGAGACGAAGCGACCUGGCACAAAAGCGUCGUUGUUCGAGCGUGUGCGGAAAAGCAAAGCAUACAGAUUUGUCAAGGCGUACGGCAUCUCUCCGGACCAGCUGGCUCGCAAUGCACUUCGUGAAGGCAAAAAGGUGCUGGCUGAUGAUGAGCAGAUGCUUCCGAUCGACUUGGCCGACAGCCUGACCGACAGCGAUUUCCAGACUGGAGAAUCGGUCCUGAAGCAGGCCAGACAGAUGUAUGCUGAGGAGAUGUUCAUGAGUCCCCGCAUGCGGAAGCAUUUCAGAAUCCAUUUCUACCAGAUGGGCGAAGUCAGUUGCCACCGCACCGAGAAGGGUCUCCGCCGGAUAGAUGAAGCGCAUCCAUUUUACGAGAUCAAGUACCUAGUCAACCAGACCAUCAGCGAUCUUGCGCGGCACCCAGAGCGGUUUUUGAAGAUGAUGAAGGCGGAAGAAGAGGGCCUGAUCGAGGUCAGGCUUCGUCUGAUGAACGAAAGAGAGUUCAAGCGUCAGCUCCUGGCUGAGUUCAAAUCCGACAACUAUAGCGAGCUCGCCGAUGCGUGGAACGAGGAGCGGCGCCAGGUCCUGGAUCUUGCAUUCCCGAGGCUGGAGAGGCUGAUCGCGAAGGGAGUCAAGGACUCAUUGCGGACUGCUUGUCAAGAUGAGCUCCUCAAGAUUUGCCGUGAGGAGUACUCGAAGCGUCUCGACCAGGCGCCCUACAAGCCAAAGGGGAUGGUUCUGGGCACAGCGCCUCGGGUGCUUGCUUUGUCUAACGGCAUGGGCGACCCUGCCAGAGACCCUGUCUUCUGGGUCUGGGUUGACGAAGAUGGACGCAUUGCAGAACAAGGCCAGCUGGGCAACUUGUCUCGUGAUGAAGCGCAGCGAGAACUGUUUGUUGACAUCGUCGAGCGUAGGAAACCUGACGUCAUCGGCGUUAGCGGCUUCUCAGCGGAUACCCAAAAGCUCGUCCGCGAUAUCGAGGCGCUCGUGAGCGAGAAGAAGCUGGAGGGGGCAGAGUACACUGACCCCGACUCAGACGACUACCGGAGCGACCUGCUCGAGGUUGUUGUUGUGAACGAUGAGGUGGCAAGAUUGUACAAGGACAGCCCCCGCGCUCAAGCGGAGAACCCAACUCUCAACCAGAUUGCGAGAUAUUGCGUGGGCCUUGCGAAGUACCUGCAAAACCCCAUGAAGGAAUACGCCGCACUCGGCAAGGAUGUUGCAUCUCUCCUUUUCCACCCUAGCCAACAUUUGCUACCACCGGAGAAGUUCCUCAAGCACCUGGAGACUGCGAUGGUCGACAUGGUCAAUCUCUACGGUGUCGACAUCAACGAGGCUGUGAACGAUUCGUACACAGCCAACCUGCUGCCCUAUGUUGCCGGUCUUGGUCCCCGCAAGGCUACAAGCGUUAUCAAGGCAAUCAACACGAACGGUGGUAUUGUCAACUCGCGUGAUGAACUUGUCGGCGACCCUGAUAACAACAAGCUGCCCGUCGUCGGACCGCGCGUAUGGAACAACUGCGCCAGUUUCCUCUUCAUCGAGUACGAUGCAACAAACCCGGCUUCGGAGCCACUUGAUAACACUCGUGUACACCCUGAGGACUACGAGCUUGGUCGCAAGAUGGCUGCCGACGCACUGGAACUCGACGAGGAAGAUGUCAAGGCCGAGACAGACGAGAAUGGUGCAGGUGCCAUUGUGCGGAAGCUGUUCCGGGAGGACGAGCAAGAGAAGGUCAAUGAGCUCAUUCUUGAAGAAUACGCUGAACAGCUGGAGAAGAACUACAGCCAGAGGAAGCGAGCGACACUGGAGACGAUACGCGCAGAACUCCAGGCUCCAUACGAAGAGAUUCGCCGGCCGUUCGCCAUUCUGCAGCCCGACCAGAUCUUCACGAUGUUCACUGGUGAAACGAAGGACUCCCUUGCCGAAGGCAUGAUCAUCUCGAUCAACAUCAGAGUGGUCAAGGACGAUUUCGCAAUUGCCAAGCUUGAUUGCGGCAUCGAGGGGCGAAUCGAUUCUCAAGAGGUUUCGUACCGACCUGGCAUGUCGAUGAAGGAUGUCAUUCACAUGGGCCAGACUGUCCAGGCAAAGAUCUUGGAGCUGAACCGCAAAGACUUCUUGACGAAGCUUUCAUUACGUGAAGACGAGCUGCGGAAACCGUACCGGAAGUACAACGACCACGACCGCGACACAUGGGAUUUCCGCCAGGAAGCAGACGACCAGGAGGCUCUCCGUGAGAAAGACAAGACGACUGGCCGGGCGCAAAGAGUCAUCAAGCACCCGUACUUCAAGACUUUCAACUCGGCCCAGGCCGAAGAGUACCUUGGCUCACGUGCUCAGGGUGAUGUGGUUGUGCGACCAUCAUCAAAGGGUAACGACCAUCUCACCAUCACGUGGAAGGUCGCCGAUGGUGUCUUCCAGCACAUUGAUGUCCUCGAGUUGCAGAAGGAGAGCGAGUUUGCAUUGGGCAAGCAGCUGCGGAUUGGUGGCAAAUACACCUACACCGAUCUCGACGAGCUGAUUGAGGCGCAUGUCAAGGCCAUGGCUAGAAAGGUCAACGAGCUGAUGAACCACGAGAAGUUCAAGAAGGGCAGCUUGGCAGAUCUAGAAAAAUGGUUGACUUCGUACUCGGAUGCGAACCCGAACCGCUCGAUCUACCUGUUCGGGAUCAAUCCCAAGCACCCAGGAUACUUCAGCCUGUGCUUCAAGGUCAGCAAGGCGUCACCCAUUAUGAAGUGGCAUGUCAAGGUGGUGCCGCAGGCAUUUGAGAUGAUGGGCAGCCAGUACCCUGACAUGCGUGCGUUAUGCAAUGGCUUCAAGCUCAGGCUGAAUAACGAGCUGUCAAAGAUGCAGCAGGGAAGGCGGUGA